AGGGCGGCGCGGGGCGCGGGCGGCGGCAGACCUCGCCGGGCCCAGCGGGAAGCGCGGGCGGCGGCGGGAUGCGCGCUCUGGGCGGCGGGGCGCGGCGCUAGGCGCCCGGCGGGGCGUCCCCGGCUGCGACCCUGCGGCCCUCCCCUCGGUCCGCCGGAGCAUGACUCCCCGCCCGAGCCCCCCGGCCGCGGGCGGCGCGUAGGGCGGCGACCGGCGCCCCGGGAGGACCUGGCGGCCCCGGCUCCACCGCAGCGCGAGCGCCCGCGCGGGCCGGCCCGAGGCCCGGCAGGAGGGACGAUGAAAGUGAGGUCAGCCAGCGGCGACGGAGAUGCCUUGUACGUCACGGAAGAGGAACUGGCUGGUGAAGAGGAGGACAUGCCGACCUUCCCAUGCACCCAGGAGGGCCGGCCAGGGCCCCGCUGCAGCCGCUGCCAGAGGAACCUGUCCUUAUACACGUCGGUGCGGAUCCUUUACCUCUUCCUGGCCCUGCUCCUGGUGGCUGUGGCCGUGCUGGCCUCUCUGGUUUUCAGGAAGGUGGACGCUCUCUCGGAAGACAUCUCCUUGGCCCAGUCCAUGUAUGACAAGAAGCUUGUGUCGAUGCAGGAGAAUCUCCAGGGACUGGAUCCAAAAGCCCUGAACAACUGCUCUUUCUGCCACGAAGCCAGGCAGCUGGGGCCAGAGAUCCGAAAACUGCAGGAGGAGCUGGAGGGAAUUCAGAAGAUGCUUCUAGCCCAGGAGGUCCAGCUGGACCAGACCUCUCAGGCCCACGAACUGCUCUCCUCCACCAGCAGGCAAAUCUCCCAGGAGAUGGGCAGCUGCUCCUUCUCCGUCCACCAGGUCAACCAGUCUCUGGGCCUCUUCCUGACCCAGGUGAGAGGCUGGCAGGCCACCACCACCAGCCUGGACCUCUCUCUGAAGGACCUCACCCAGGAGUGCUACGACGUCAAGGCUGCGGUGCACCAGAUCAACUUCACUGUGGGGCAGACUUCCGAGUGGAUCCACGGCAUCCAGCGGAAGACGGAUGAGGAGACCUUGACCCUGCAGAAGAUUGUCACCGACUGGCAGAACUACACCCGGCUCUUCAGCAGCCUGCGUGCCACCUCCACCAAGACCGGGGAAGUGGUCAAGAACAUCCAAGCCACCCUGGGGGCCUCGUCUCAACGCAUCAGCCAGAAUUCCGAGAGCAUGCACGACCUGGUGCUGCAGGUCAUGGGCUUGCAGCUGCAGCUGGAUAACAUCUCGUCCUUCCUGGACGACCAUGAGGAGAACAUGCACGAUCUCCAGUACCACACCCGCUACGCCCAGAACCGCACCGUGGAGAGGUUCGAGUCGCUGGAAGGACGCAUGGCGUCUCACGAGAUCGAGAUUGGCACCAUCUUCACCAACAUCAAUGCCACCGACAACCACGUGCACAGCAUGCUCAAGUACCUCAACGACGUGCGGCUCUCCUGCACGCUGGGCUUCCACAGCCACGCCGAGGAGCUCUACUACCUGAACAAGUCGGUCUCCCUCAUGCUGGGCACCACGGAUCUGCUCCGGGAGCGCUUCGGCCUGCUCAGCGCCCGGCUGGACUUCAACGUCCGGAACCUGUCCAUGAUCGUGGAGGAGAUGAAGGCCGUGGACAUGCAGCACGGAGAAAUCCUCCGCAACGUCACCAUCCUCCGAGGUGCCCCCGGCCCUCCAGGACCAAGAGGAGUCAAAGGAGAUGUGGGCGUGAAAGGGCCUGCUGGCAGCCGAGGACCCAAAGGAGACCUGGGCAGCUUGGGUCCCCCGGGACCCCAGGGCCCUCAGGGGCAUCCCGGAGAGGCCGGACCUGUGGGAGAAAGGGGGCCGGUUGGCCCUCGGGGGUUCCCAGGCCUCAAAGGCUUAAAGGGCAGCUUUGGAAAUGGAGGGCCAAGGGGACAGCCAGGCCCCAAAGGGGAUGUGGGGCCCCCAGGGCCAGAGGGGCCCCCCGGGUCUCCAGGGCCAGAGGGGCCUCAGGGAAAACCAGGGAUCGCAGGGAAGACAGGGUCUCCAGGCCAGCGGGGGGCCAUCGGCCCUAAGGGUGAACCAGGGAUCCAGGGGCCCCCUGGCCUCCCUGGACCCCCAGGCCCACCAGGAAGCCAGAGCUCCUACUGAGGAGGGUCCCCGGCCCAGACACUGCCACACAGAAUGCCAAAGGGGGCCCAGGGCAGCUGGAGCCCUGCAGAAAGCCUCUCCUACAGACAGUUGUGAUCCUUCGAUUCUCAGGAGGGGCCCCCAGGGCUGACCCUGCAGCUGUGGGCUCCCCCUUAGUGACUGUACCAUAGGAAAGCAGCCCCCUCCACACACACGCGCACACACACACGCACACGCACACUGCCUUGCUGGCUGGGGGCUGACUGGGCUCCCCUGGCUGAGCAGGAGGAGAAGGGCCCCCUCUCCUGUGACUGAGCCUGCUGGGGAGGUGGCUACCUCGGGAGGAAUGUCUUGGGUCUGUCUCUGAAAGUGACCAACUCUGGUCUUCCAGCGUUGUCACACCCACGCCGGCCAGCAGUGUCCUGGGGCUCCCCGUGGUUGAAAAGGCCCAAGGAGACCUUUGCAGGGUGUCAUGGUCAAAACUCCAGAGACAAGGUGGAUCUGGCAACCUCACGACCCUCCCCAUAACCGUGGAGACAGAGUCCUCGGGGAGCUGCCCCCGCCUCCCACAGGCCAGUGGGGCCACCAGGGCCAGCAUUCUCAGGCCCUGCACACUGUGUGCCUGAGAAGUGCAACAUGUUCUUUUCACGUGUCCAGAAAAUUCCUCUUUUCAUCCUCGCCUCUGCCCCUCAGGAAUGGUCUGGACGGAAUCCAAGCAGGAGUUUUAUCAGCACGGGGAGACGCUGCAGGCCUUGGAACAUCCUGCCUGCAUGGUCCCCAGCAUGCAGGGAGCCCCAGGAGCUAAAGGCGGAGGCAGAGGCGGGCAAGAAGGUUCUCUCUGCACAGCUGCCUCCCUUGCUGCCCUACCCCCGCCUGGCCUGCCCCGUUCCCCAAGGGGGCUUCUCUGGGGUGGCCGAGGAAGACCAGGCCACAGGAGGGCUGACCCCUGGGAACAGGACGACUCUCCCUGCCCACGGCAGCAUGCUGACCUCGUCCACCAGGACCCAGAAUGGCCCAAACUGUCUCUGCAUGAGCAGCCGGCUGGACUCGGAGUGGGAGGGGCCUGGACGCCCACGAGAGGCCCCUGCUGCCGUCACCCCUUGGCCUGGCCAACUUCCUAUGCACAUGGGCAGAAAGGGGCGCUGGGAAGUCACCCUGCAGGCUGGAGGUCUCCCACUGGCUACACUCGCUGUAACCCGCCUGCCUUUAGAUUCAGACCAGCCUUGGGUGGGGGCCUGGCGCUGUCUCCUCCCCUCCACGGACUCAGAGACCAGCCCUUCCCCGCUCAAAGCCUUUCUGUCCCCUUCCUUACUGUCCUGGAUGUGCAACUGGUUUGCACUGCCCGCUCGCCCCACGGCCGUGUAACUCCCGUCCACAUACGAUAUCAUGCAACAUAGUAUUGCUGACUCAGUAAAGAUCUG